UUUCUCACAACCCGUCUCCGUUCAGUCAGAGAGAAAGGUAAAAAUCGGCUUGCGGUUUUCCGACACCUGAAAAGUAGAAAAAAAAUAACCGGUUUUCGUUUCCCGGAGAAACUGUUUUCUCAGGAAACAAACAAAAAGUAUUUUCUUCUUAGUAACCGUACUGUUAUUUUUUUGAAAUUUCACUACGGAGAAACUUCUAAAACUCUGUUUGAGCUCUGCAAAUGUGAAAAGGUCUAAAACAGAAGGUUUCAGUUUAAAGUUAAAGAAGAACUUUUUGGAGUGUCAGAAUCACUGUUACAGGUCAUGAUCUUUCAAACUUAAAACACUUUUUUGUUGUGUUUUAUGUUUGUUUUAUUUUUUGUUUCUUCAUUUAGCUGUAGUCUAAGUCACUGAUUCUGAACAUUUUAAGGUCAGGAAAAUGGACUGUACUGUAGAUGCUGGAAGGUGUAUCUAGCUUUGUCAAAAGUUGGGCGGUUUGAUUGAUAUAUGGUCUAUGCAUGGAAGCAAGAGAAGGAAUGAACUCAGGGGUUACAGUGAUUGGAGCAGAAGCUCCAUCAGCCUACCAUGUGGCUCCAAGAACAGAAAAUCUGAGCCAAAUUGAUGGGUCCCCAGUAAUGGCAGCGUCCCCAGUUAGUGUAGGAUUGACUGGCCCCACAGAAAAGAAGAAGAGAGGUCGGCCAAGGAAAUAUGGACCAGAUGGGAGUGUCACUAUGGCAUUGUCACCAAUGCCUAUUUCAUCUUCAGCUCCACCUUCUGGUGAUUUCUCAUCUGGGAAGCGAGGAAGAGGCAAGCUCAGUAGUUUUGAAAGCAAGCAGUUAAAGAGAAUGGGGAUGGACAAUUUUGGUGAGUUAUCUGCUUGUUCUGUUGGUACAAAUUUUACGCCCCAUGUCAUCACUGUCAAUACUGGCGAGGAUGUUACAAUGAAGGUAAUAUCAUUUUCUCAACAAGGACCUCGAGCAAUUUGCAUCCUGUCUGCCAACGGAGUAAUUUCAAAUGUUACACUUCGUCAACCUGAUUCUUCUGGGGGCACACUGACGUAUGAGGGUCGCUUUGAAAUUCUUUCCUUGUCUGGAUCAUUUAUGCCCACUGAGAGUCAAGGGACAAGAAGCAGAUCAGGUGGGAUGAGUGUCUCUUUGGCAAGUCCGGAUGGUCGAGUUGUAGGAGGAGGAGUAGCCGGACUUCUAGUUGCAGCUAGUCCUGUGCAGGUUGUGGUAGGAAGCUUUCUACCAGGCAACCAUCAAGAGCAGAAACCCAAGAAACAGAAGGCAGAGUCCAACCCCAUCAUACCUAGUUCAGAUGCAGAACAAGAGAGUGUGGAUAGAAAUGGACAGCAAAAUUCUAACACGCCGAAGCCAAACCCUGCGCCUUCACCUCCCUUCGGAAGAGAAAACUGGAGCAGCAUCCCGGAACCCAGAAAUUCCACGACGGACAUCAACAUAUCUCUGCCUGCAAGUUAACAUGACUAAUGCCAAAACAAGUUCUCAAGGUCUCAUCACUGACUCUUUUUAUCCCUCUGAUCUGGUAUUAUACUGCCAUUGGAAGAGUUUUGAGAUUGGUUCUUAUCUGAAUAAUCUAUGUAAUUUUAGGAAGAAGUAGGGUUUCAGGAUUUCCACUUAGGUUAAAUGCUUUUCUUUGCCGACAAUUGUUAUUAUUGUUAUUAUUAUUUUUGCGUUGUUUUUAAUUUUAGGUGGAUAAGGUAUUACAUCUUAUUUCUAGCCUAAUUCAGUGGAUGUUGUUAUCCUAGUUCGUUGUUUUAUGACUGACAAAUUUAUUGGCAACCAACAACUUAAUUAUCUAAACUCUAGUUAGUCUUUAA